GUUGUAUUUAGAUUGGUCGGUUAUGGAUUUUUUAAUAAUAAUUUAAACGAUUUUGAUUGGUUAAGAGCUGGAACACUGCUGGAACCAACAUCCUUACAUGCAAUUAUGAAUUUGUUUGGUUAUAAAUUUAAUAUUAAAACUCCUAUCAAUGUCGAUGGUGAUGAUGUUACUUAUAACCCUACGUCCGCUUCUGACCAAAUAAUUUUAACUGCGGAAAGCUUUAAUGAGUUUAAUUUAGGCAGCCUUGUUGACGAUGGCACCCUUAUUUACGACCUUAGACCAACCCCUAUCAUAGCAAACUGUAAUGGUAACGAUCUUGGACCAGGUUUAUUUUCUGUUGAUUAUGGCCCUAUUUCUGGUCUAUUGAAUUGCAAUGAUAGAUUAGAUGAUGAUUCUUCAUUAAAUUUAUCGUCAGUUGUUAAUGAACCUAUUCUUGUCCAAUCAUCCCCAGCCACAGUAGACUACAAUGAUUUUGGAUUAGAAAAUGACUCUUGGCAAAAUUCGUUGCCAGCCAUCAAAAGCAACAUUCUUGAUCGACAAAUUUCAACCCCAGUUUACGAUGUAAUUGCUUCUGGAAAAAACAAAUAUCAAUGCACCUUCUGUUCUCCACGUUGGAGAGCCGCCCUAACGAAGCACAGAAAAACGAAUAAAUUAAAAGGUGGACAGCCCAAAAUAAAAAGACGGAAAAAUCACGAGAUAUUUG